AUGGCAGGGGUAUCGUCUUCCGGUGAUCCAGAAAAAAGGCACGAUGCCUUGAGCGAGGAGACGAUAACUAAAUCAGCUCAAGAAUCAGAAUGGCAUUGUCGUGCGGUUCUUACGCUUAUUGGUACAACAUGUAUCCUAUUCUGUACGGUUGGCUUUGUCAACGCUUUUGGUGUAUUUGAAGAGUUCUACUCCAAAACCUUUUUCCAUGAUAAAUCCCUAUCUGAAAUAUCAUGGUUUGGGUCGUUCAAUGUAUUCUGCAUGUUUUCAGGAGCUCUGGUCACGGGGAUACUAAGUGAUCUCUACGGUCCUACGUGGCUACUAAGAGGGGGAACCGUCAUGGCACUGCUUGGAAUAUUCAUGACGUCUCUUUGUCGAGAAUACUACCAGUUCUUCCUCGCACAAGGAUUGCUCUUUGGUUUAGGGGUAGCGGGCCUCUUCUUACCGAGUUAUGCCACCACAUCACUUUAUUUCGUGAAGCACAGAGCACUAGCAUUAGGAAUCACCGUUGGCGGGUCUUCGAUAGGCGGUGUGGUCUGGCCAAUUGCCCUUCGUCGACUUCUCGUGGAAGUUGGUUUUCCAUGGACGAUGCGCAUCGCGGGAUUUAUCAUGAUGCCUCUCUUGGUAAUUGGCUGCCUCACCGUCCGCCUUCCACAGAAGAAAAGAGAAAAGAAACCGAAACCGAACAUCAAAGCAAUGAAAACAUUGGCGUUUGGCCUCCUAGCUGCCGCUCUGUUUUUUGCCUCGAUGGGACUAUUUGUCCCAUUCUAUUUUAUCACGUCCUAUUCUAUACACCUAGGAAAGGACCCUGAGACUUCAUUCUACUUGAUCUCCGUUACCAACGCGACCAGUUUGUUUGGCCGCCUGCUUCCUGGAUUCUGGGCCGACAGGUACGGUAAAUUUAAUACCCUGAUUCUGGCCACGCUAUUCUCUGGGAUCAUCUGUUGUUGUAUAACAGCGGCAACGUCGCUGGGUGGACUGAUGGUCAUUGCGGCGGCAUAUGGGUUUGCGUCCGGGGCUAUUAUUAGUAUACAGGGGGCUUGUGCUACCCAACUUGUUGAUCCAGCUACAUAUGGUGCAGCCAUGGGAGCAGUUUUGGGAGUAUGCUCCAUCGCGAGCCUUAUUGGGUCACCCAUAGCGGGCGAACUUGCAACGAGGCACGGUUUCCUUUCGGCAACUGAAUACGGGGGUGCUUCCUUGUUGGCAGGGAGUGCUUGCCUGGUUGCAUCCAGAGCGCUGCAAAGUACCCAACUUUUCAAAGCAGUCUAG